AUGCCAAAAGAGCCCGAAAUUUCGCUCGCAGAAAAAACCUUCGUCCUCGAAGCCCUCAAGCAAAACCUACGAGUCGACGGCCGGAACAUCCACUCCUUCCGUGACAUCCAAUUUUCCUUCGGCGAUGACUAUGGUUUCGUAGACGUCAGGCUGGGGAAGACGAGAGUCCUCGCAAGGAUCUCCGCUGAAAUUAUAAGACCUCGUCCGGACCGUCCGUUCGAAGGUACUUUCACAAUAUCCACCGAAAUGGGUCCAAUGGCUUCUCCAUCAUUCGAGGUGGGACGUCCCACAGACCUCGAUAAUACCCUCUCCCGCCUCCUCGAGAAGUCUAUACGCCGUAGUACAGCUCUAGACCUCGAGUCCCUUUGCAUAGUAACCGCCCAACGCGUCUGGUCCCUCCGAGCCGACCUACAUUUCCUCUCCCACGACGGAAAUCUAAUAGAUACAGCCUGCAUAGCCACUAUAACCGCACUAGCCCACUUUCGUCUCCCUGUCGUCACCGUUUCGGGUGAGGACAUAACAAUACAUCCAGUAACCGAACGAGUGCCUGUACCCUUAAGUCUACUUCACUGGCCGAUUUGUGUUACAUUCAGCUUUUUUGGGGAAGAUGAUGAUGGCGAGAUGGUUUGUGUGCUUGAUGCUACUGCUCAGGAAGAGGCGUUAAGGGAGGGAGAUAUGACGGUUACCGUUAAUAAGAAUGGUGAAGUGUGUCAGAUUUCAAAGAGUGGUGGUGUGGCAGUUGAGGCAGAGACGUUGAUGAAGUGUGCGAGGAAGGCGGCGGAGAAGGUGAAGGGGAUUGAUAAGUUAAUUGCGUCAGCAUUGAGGGGGGAUGAAAUUGCUAGGAACAAAGGAAAUCUGGAUUGGUUGAAGGAGGGCAGGUCGGAGAAUGAAAGGUAG